AUGUUUUAUUUAAUUGUAAUUCUUUGUGUUACAAUUUCAAAUGCCUAUUAUGGAUCUGAAUAUUAUGCUGAAUGGUAAACAGGAGUAGAUAACAGUAUAUCAAAAUAAGAUCAAUUUUUAUUUCCAACUUAUCCAAUGAGAUUUUCAAGUUAAGUGAUUUUCUCAAGAAGAUUUAGUGUGUAUGAUUAGCAUUCUAUAUAACUUUAGUUGUCCAUAAGUGCUAUUAAUGCAUGAAGAAAUUUAAUGGAGUAGAGGAAGAAAUAUCAAUUACCAAACAUACGUUUCAGAUGUCACAAUAUUUGGAUUUAAUAUUAAUUAUGUUAUAUGGGGUCCUGCAGUUGUACCUAUUCUUAGUGUAAGAUGGGUUGCUUUGGUUGAUGAUUAAGUAGAAAUCCAAUAUGUUCAUUAUCAAGAAAAAGAUUUAUAUUUAUUGAGCCAAGGUUUUGGAGCUAGGUCAUAAGAUUUCAUGAUAUCAUAUUAUCCUCGCUAUCCAGCACCUAAAAUUACAGCAUUUAUUGUGGGUGCAGACUUUGAAAUAUUUAAUUCUUUAUUUACAAGUGUCAGAAUUCAAAUGGGCAUUCCUACAUCAAAUAGCAUGGAUGUCAGAUUCCUCACUAGAGAUUUUUGUCAUGUGAGAUCUCUUUAUGUUGCCUAUUUCAUUUCAAAUAAUUACUUGACUUUGGCAGGAUCUGUUGGUGCCUAUUAUUCUACUUAUAAUUAAUUCCUAGACAAUUAAAACAGACAAACUAUUAGAGCCUAAAAGUUUUCUAGAUUAGUCCCAUCAAUAUAUUCCUUAGAUCCAGCAUAUAACAUUUUGGCUCAAGGUAUAAGUGGAUUUGAUAUUCACAGUUAUGCUGGAUCAGCAUAUCUAAGAGUUGCUGCUGAGUCAAUGAUAAAUCAAUCAUAAAUUUAUACUCUUGUCUAUGGAACAAGUAUAUAUUAUUAUUUUUAUCUAAGGGGGUGACACUGUAUUAACUUAUAUGUAGGCUAGUUAUAUAUUACAUCCCCCAGGAAUACCAUAUCAUUAUUAUUAUAAAAAUUAUGAUUGGAUUGUAACAAAAGAUGAUUAGAUAAUUCUAGAAGAGACAAUUGAAUAAGAAAAAAAGAUUAAUGAAUUAAAUAAAAAAUGA